GUAUACUUCCGGAUGGGGCUGGCAACUUAUUCCUGGCUCCGUACAUUUUGAUUCAGUAAUAUUAUUGCCUCCUUAGGUUAUCAUUAUUUACCGUCAGUUCAUAAUUUGUCUCCUUUUCACAACUAUCUCAAGAGCUGGAAUAUGCUCACCGUUUUUAUGUUCCUCUUUUCCGUUUAUUUGAAUAAACCCACCUGUCAUGUUAGCUAGCUAGGUAGUUAGCCUAUAGUAGCUAUCCAGGAGAAGGCAGGUGGACGAGAGUUUCAAUGUUGACCACAUAAAGGCAGAGAUCUCUAAUGGCAGCUCGGCAACCCUUCACAGACUCGGAUACUUCCGAUGAAGCAGUGAGGGCGACAUGUGAUGACGCAACCAUAUGUAAAAGGUUUGCGACCAGUAAAAGCUACUGGAAGGAUCCGUAUAUUCAGUACUUUGUGAGAUCUGUGGGAGAGCGGAAGGCCCCCGAAAUCAACAGAGGAUACUAUGCCCGUGUUCAGGGAAUGAACCAUCUCCUAGAUGCAUUUAUAAGGAAAACGAAGUGUGACUGCCAAAUAAUCAACCUGGGAGCGGGACUGGACACCACAUUUUGGAGACUAAAGGAUGGAAACCUUUUGCCUCGAAAGUUCUUCGAAGUUGAUUUUCCAACAGUUGUGUCCAGGAAAAUACACAAUAUAAAGACAAAACCUCCUCUGUCCAAACCUAUCAUCGAAACUCACUCAACGGACUCCUUACUGCUCGAUGCCCACAGUCUUGACUCAGAUCGUUACUGUAUUAUUGGGGCCGACCUCCGAGACAUCUCAAAUUUAGAUGAAAAACUAAAGAAGUUCCAGCUUAACCCAGAGUUACCCACACUGCUCCUGUCAGAGUGUGUGCUGGUCUAUAUGACUCCAGCCCAGUCUUCCAACUUAGUUCACUGGGCAGCAGAAACCUUUCACACAGCCAUGUUCAUCAACUACGAACAGGUAAACAUGAGUGACCGAUUUGGCCAGGUGAUGAUCGAAAACCUGCAGCGUCGCCAGUGCACCCUGGCAGGUGUUGAGGCCUGCCAGUCUCUGGACUCUCAGAAGGAGCGGUUUCUGAAGACUGGCUGGGAGCAUGCCGAUGCCCUAGAUAUGAUGACGGUCUACGGUAUGCUCCCUCAAGAAGAUGUGGCAAGAAUUGAGAGUCUGGAGUUCCUGGAUGAGAAGGAGCUGCUGCAGCAACUUCUCCAACACUACAGCAUCUGCUGGGCCUCCAAGGAUAAACUUAACCUGGGUCUGUCACAGUUGGCAUUUUGAGUGCGACACUGCUCCGCUGCUGGAAAUGCUUCACAAGCGUGUGUGUGCCAAAGUCAACAGCAGAAGAUGGUUUGCUUAAGGAGACACUGGGAAAGAGGAAGCCCCUGUUCUCCAUCCAGUCCUCAUCUGGGAGCUGUUCUGCUGUGAAAUGUCCUGACUUCAGCACAAUGUGAUUUAAUGAGCGUCCUCUGUAACCCCCCCCGUACGCGUUGAAGAUAAGACGUGAUUAGGCUGAGAGCUGUGAGCAGGUUUGUCCUUACACUGACGCAGAAAUACCAACUGUAAAACGGAUCACAUUUGUUUAAUUCAUUUGCUCACGGGCACAGAAUCUUGGAGAAUAAAGAAGGUUUGGUGUUUUAACAAUG